UGAAGAGAUCAGAUCUAAUCAAUAAUAUUUUACCCGUUUAAAUUAAAAACAAAAUGUUUAAUUUAAAAAUUUUUACUGUACUUGUUUUAUGUUCAAUAAUAGUAAAUAGUGAAGCCGGUGUUUUUGAUUGGUUUCGUUCUAAACCAACAUGGUAUAAUUUAAUUGAUAAAUAUCCAUUGAUUGAAGCAUUUCAUCCAAAAGGAUUAAGAGUUUCUAUUAGUGAUGUUGAUGGUAUGGAAAUAUUUGGUUUUCAUGGUAAUCUUAAUCAAUGUUUUAAACGUAAUGAGCCGGGUAUUUUGUAUGGUAAUGUAACAAAACCAACAAAUGGACGCUGGGUAUUUAUUGAUGAAAAUAUUGAAUUAAAGAAAGAUGAUGCACUACACUAUUGGAUUUAUGUUAAACUUAAUGGGGAAGAAUAUUCAUUUUCGAAGAAUGUUUUUGUAAUUAGAAAUUUGAUACCACAUCCAGGUAAUUUAUAUUUAUUAAGUUAUAUUGAUGAACGUAUUGAUAAAGGAUCAAAUAGAAUUUUGGAAACAUUACCAAAUGAAGAAAAAUUAUGUAAAUGUCCAGUUCAAAUUCCAACAUUUUCACCGGUUCCAAUAACUACCACUGAUAAUAGUAAUUAUGUAACAUCAGGAACUGGUGUUGCACAAAAUAUACCUGUUUAUAGUCCAAUUCCAGAAACUAAUUAUAAUUAUGUACAACCUGGAAAUAAUAAAGCUGAACAAACUGGAACAACUUAUAAUCCAGUACCGGUGAAUCAAAAUUUACCAUCAGAAAAUUUAAUUGAGACACUUGAUAUACAAAGUGAACUUUUAACAUGUAGUUUUCAAGUAGAUAGUUUAAAUGAAGUUAUUCUUGAUUUAUUAAAAGAUACUAAUAUGCAUUCGAAAUUAGUUUUGGUGGGGAAACCACAAACAAGAAAUUCAGCUAUAGAUGAAGUUCGACGAUUUUUAGUACAAUUUUUAGAAUUAUAUGAUUUGGGUAUAAAAAUCAAAAAGGCUGAAUAUUUACCAUGUGGAAUAUUAUUUGAAAUGUCAUCAAUAAUUGAUAAGAAGAGAAUUUUAUUACGAGCAUCAACUGAUAUGAGAAAUGUUGAAUGUAAAUUUUUAGAACCAGAAGUUGCCGGAUGCUUUUAAUCAAGCAAUAAUUUAAUUAUGUAAGAAUUGAUUACGAUUAAUAUAUUUUAUUCAAUUAAAUUAAAAUAUUUGUAAGGAAUUUCGAACGAAAUAUAAAUUUAAUAAAAAAAUUUUGAAAUGUGUAGAUAAUGUUUUGUAGAUAGCUUAAUUAUGCAGAAGAAGAUGUAGGCGUUAUAUAAAUUAUUUUGAGCUAAUUUACCAUAUUGGAGCUGGGUAUUGUUAAAAGAUGAUUUGUGUAGUUUCAUUUUGUUUGGACUUAAUGUUCUCGUAAAUAUUAUGCAUAGCUUUUACGUAAGCUCUUUAUUUAACAAACUCUAGGUAUGGGUUAAAUUUUAUUGUACUCUAAAGUGUAUAAAUUUUUUUUUAAUUUUAUUCUUUAAAUUAUCAAUAUUAACUAUAAUACUUUCGAUUUUUCCCAAAUUUGCUUCUCAUAUGGGAUAUUAAAGAAUGGAAUGAAUACCUAAUGUAUGUAUAUAUAUGUAUAUUAAGGGCCGAAACCCCUAAACUGAAUGCAAAUUUUCUUAUUUUAAUAUUUAUGAGUAAAUUUUAUUUGUCUAUAUUUUAACAUCAAAGAUAUUUAAUUGAUUGUGCCAUUAUAUGCGGUAUUCAUUGAUUUAUUAAAAGUUGGUUUUAAUUUUUUUUUCGAAUUCCUAAAUAUUUUGUAAAAUGAAAAAUAUCAUAAAAAAUUACAAUAAAAAAUAUAAAAUUUGGAGCAAGAUUUCAUAAUUUUAAGCAAUAAACGAAUUAGUUAGGACAAAUUAUUCAAUUGGUUUGAUCAUUUGCUUUGAACAUUUCAGAAUUGGGAAAUUUUUUAAAAAAAUCUUAAGAAAAAUUUUUAGUGAUUUGGAAAACACCUGUAGGUUCAAGUAUACUUUUCAUAGGUAUUUCAUUAAAAUGUUUGAGGGUUGCCAACUUGUGGUAACGUUUUACUGUAAUUGUACAUCGCUAAAUAAUUAUUUGAAUUUAAACUUUGGCAAAUUUAUGGUUAUCAGUUUAUCACAGAUCCUAAAAUGUGUAAUUUAAUUUAGUUUCUAAUUCAUAAUUGCAAAUAUGAGAAUAUUUACUUGUUUUGUUUUAGUUAUUUAUGUAAAAUUAAAAAAAAAUCAAAUUGAAAAUUGAUUGUAUACACAAAUAAUAUUUACAUCAAAUCAAGGAAAUCAAUUCAAAUUAAGUUUACAUAAAUCGUUUGUAUACUAAUAUUAUAUUGUGAGGGCUAUAUGCAUGUAUGUAUUAUAAAAAUUAUAAGUAUACAUGUAUGUGUUAUAAAAAUGAUUUUAUGCCUCGAGUAUUUACUUACCCUAA